CAAACAGCGUCGUUAACUCGUUAUCACUUCCACAGACUUCACUCACGCUGAGAAGCACAGCACACAAGAUGAUCGCCAUUACCCAAAUCCAACCAUUAACAACACCACACUCACUCCAAAAUGCAUAUCACCAAACCAAAAACCUCUCAUUUUACUCUUCUCAAACUUCCGUCGUCAAAUUGCGCAUUCCUAACUUCUCAAACCCCAACAAACCACCUCUUUCCUCCAGAAUCGCCGCCAUGUCCGUCGCCGACCAAGCUAGGGUUCCUCUCGCACUUCCUUUGCCUCCUCCUCCGGUCACUAAGUUCAAGAUUGCUCUUUGCCAGCUGUCAGUUACAACAGACAAAUUGAGAAAUAUUUCACAUGCUCGUGAAGCAAUUGAAGAGGCUGCAAACAAGGGUGCUCAGCUUAUUCUUCUUCCUGAAAUAUGGAACAGUCCCUAUUCGAAUGACAGCUUUCCAGUUUAUGCCGAAGAUAUCGAAUUAGGUGGUGAUGCAUCUCCCUCCACAGCAAUGCUUUCUGAAGUUUCCCGGAACCUUAAAGUUACAGUAGUUGGUGGUUCCAUACCAGAGAGAUGUGGUGAUCGGCUUUAUAAUACUUGCUGUGUCUUUGGGACUGAUGGAAAGCUAAAAGCUAAACACAGGAAGAUACAUCUUUUUGACAUUGACAUUCCAGGGAAAAUGACGUUUAAGGAAUCAAAGACACUUACCGCUGGAGAGAGUCCUACCAUUGUUGACACAGAUGUUGGGCGCAUUGGUAUUGGUAUAUGUUAUGAUAUUCGCUUUCAAGAAUUAGCAGCAAUUUAUGCAGCAAGAGGUGCUCAUUUGCUCUGCUAUCCUGGGGCCUUCAAUAUGACUACUGGUCCGUUACACUGGGAGCUACUGCAGAGAGCUAGAGCAGCAGAUAAUCAGUUGUACGUAGCCACGUGUGCACCAGCUCGUGAUACUGGAUCAGGGUAUGUGGCAUGGGGACACUCUACCUUAGUUGGACCUUUUGGGGAAGUGCUUGCAACAACUGAUCAUGACGAGACAAUUGUUAUAGCAGAAAUCGACUACUCAGUCAUUGAGCAAAGAAGAACAUAUCUACCCUUCAUCAACCAAAGGAGAGGUGAUUUAUAUCAGUUAGUUGACGUUCAGAGGCUGUAUGCCGAGUCUACCAAGUAACAGCACAGAAACCAGCUAAUCAUCAUUGGCCCUUGGAGCCUCAGAAAGUCAGAAGCACGCACUAUAGUCCCGAGGCGCUCUUCAUUUGUCUUCCAAAUAUGAUGAUGAACUAGAUAAGAUAUCUUUUGGUGGGAUGACCAUCUCAGGUACUUCAAAUUUAUGGUUUUCUUCUCUCUUUUUCGAUUGCGUUAUAGAUUGUGCAUAAUUGUGAUUCGACAAUUUUGGAAUGUAGCACUAUGUGUGUAUGAUACAACUCAUUAAUACAGGAAAACUGAUAAUCAGGGCCAGUAUACUCCCAAUAAUAGUAGUGUCAUUAGUGGAGAGUUAGAUUGUGGGCUCUAAAUGAGCUGUAGCCUAUAAAUAGAUACUACUACUGUAUUACAUUAGUGAUCUAGGCCCAUGAGGCCAUGAGUGCACCUGAUUUCAUUAAAUAGAUGUGUCCAAGUGUUAAUUGCCAAAAACAUUAAUUUCAGCUUUUUGAGAAUAUUGCCUA